CCUACACUUCUGCUAAAUUUGUACAAGUGUCUUCAGAACCAUCAAUAGCUCAAUUGUCCUCCACCAAAAGCCCCAAGUGGAAUCCCUUACGAGAUUCUUAAAUUGAGGGACGCCAUUAAAGUUUAGUUUAAAUUUCAGACGAACUUCAUUGCAAGAAAGGUGAUCUGUUAUUGAAGAAGUUAAAGGAUCUGAAUUAUUGAAUUUGAAGUUUGCUGCCAAAAUGAAGUUUCUGUCCUAAGAAAUUGACAGUGUUUAGGAAAUUGCUUCAUGCAAGGAGCUGUAACCAUGCUAGGAGAAAUAAUUAAUGGGCCAGAUGGAGAGCUUAAAGUUAGUUUUGGCUACCAAUGCAAUGGAAAUGAAAGAAGUUCUUGCGAGCUUUAUGAUGGAUGUGAAAUCUCGUCUGGAGCUAAACUCCCAAGAAACAACAGCUCUUUCUGCUUGUCUGGAGCUGCCCUAAGUGCUAAUGCCACAUUGGCAAACACAAACAUCUGCAAUGGUCUAAUUGGGGAAGGAAUACUUCCUGGUUUGGAUUCUCCAAAGUCAUUCCGAAGGGUUCCCUCUUCGCCAUCUUUCUCAAGGUUGGAUAUUUUGUCAUCUUCUCUGCAGAGUAGUGGAUCAAUCUUGAGUUCCAGUGUAUCGACGCAAAGUGAGCCAUCUGAAUGGGAUUUCCGUGUGUUGAAUUCUAUGAGUGCCCCUUCAGGAAGUGAAGGUUUCCUCAAUGCUGGAGAAGUGCAAGUUGCUGGUGGUGCUGCUGGGGAAGAUAGAGUUCAAGCUGUUUGUUCUGAAGAGAAUGGGUGGCUUUUCUGUGGUAUAUAUGAUGGAUUCAAUGGACGGGAUGCAGCUGACUUUCUGGCUGGAACAUUGUAUGAGACAAUUGUAUUCUACUUGGGUUCCUUGGAUUUGGAACCAAAGCAAGACACCGUCAUAUCUUCAGAUGGUUCCCUCUCAUAUUUUCUUGAGGACAGUAUUAUUAGCUCUCAGAAGGGAAGUCCUCCAGGAAUUUUUAGGAGCAAGAAUCCAAGAAUAAAUAAUGUCACCAUUGAAGGCUCAUUGGCCAAGGAGGAAGACUCAAAUGAUUUGUUUAGGAAGGGGGUGCUUGAUAGUCUCCAACAUGCUCUUAGUCAGGCAGAGAAUGACUUCUUGCACAUGGUCGAGCAGGAAAUGGAGGACCGUCCAGAUUUGGUAUCCAUUGGAUCUUGUGUUUUGAUUGUGCUUCUUCAUAGGAAUGAUCUUUAUGUUCUUAAUUUAGGUGACAGUAGAGCUGUAUUGGCUACAUAUGGCGAAAGCAUUGAUGAAGGCGGCACCAAGUCUUUGGAAGUUAUCCAGCUCACUGAUAGUCAUACCGUUGAUAAUGAAGUAGAACGAAGGAAGCUUCUGAAUGAUCAUCCUGAUGACCCCGCAGCAAUUGUAGCUGGAAAAGUUAAAGGAAAAUUGAAAGUAACCCGUGCAUUUGGAGUAGGCUAUUUGAAAAAGAAGAAAAUGAAUGAUGUUCUUAUGGGUAUUCUUCGAGUCCAAAGCCUAUUAAGUCCUCCAUAUAUCUCCACGCAACCUUCAGUGAACAUUCACAGAAUCUCAAAGAAUGAUCACUUUGUAAUCGUUGCAAGUGAUGGUUUGUUUGACUUCUUUAGCAACGAUGAGGCUGUAAAACUUGUCCUCACCUAUAUUUUGAGCAAUCCAUUUGGCGAUCCUGCAAAGUUCUUGCUGGAACAGCUAGUAUUAAGAGCAGCUAAUAGUGCAGGUUUCAGUACAGAAGAGUUGAUGAGGAUACCUGCUGGUCGGAGAAGGAAAUAUCAUGAUGAUGUGACCGUUAUUGUUAUCAUCCUUGGGAGAAACCAACGCACAUCAACAGCAUCAACUUGUCUGUAAGUUACCGUGCCCAUUUGCGGCGGACAACAUGAGGUUGAUAACCUCCAAUUGUACCAUAGGCUUUUAAUUGUAAAGUUUCUUCAUCUACACUACUUUUAUAGACGUGUGCAGGUAUUUAUUUCUGAAAGCUGCAAGCUUGCUCCUACAUUUGCUACUCCAUGUAUAUAAGUAUCUUGAUUUUUAAGUAAAGGCAAUGCAAUUUUAUCGUUCUGUAAGAGCUAUUGUCAUA